AUGGCGGCGAGAAGAGAAGCCGAGCGGAUCAAGGGCCCAUGGAGCCCCGAGGAAGACGAGUCCCUGCAGCGGCUGGUCCAGAGCUACGGCCCGAGGAACUGGUCACUCAUCAGCAAAUCGAUCCCCGGAAGGUCGGGGAAAUCGUGCCGGCUGCGGUGGUGCAACCAGCUUUCCCCCGAAGUUGAGCACCGGCCGUUCAGCCCCGAGGAGGACGACACCAUCAUCAAGGCCCACGCGCGGUUCGGCAACAAGUGGGCCACAAUCGCCCGCCUCCUCAACGGCCGCACCGAUAACGCGAUCAAGAACCACUGGAACUCCACCCUCAAGAGGAAAUCGUGCUCGAUCUCGACCGACGAUUCCAUCUCCCCCGACGACGAGCAGCAGCCGCUCAAGAGAUCGGCCAGCCUCGGCGCCGGCGGGACCGCCAAUUUCUCGGGUCUGUACUUGAACCCGAGCAGCCCCUCCGGAUCCGAGCUCAGCGACUCCAAUGCUUCUACCUCCCCUGUCUACCGCCCUCUCGCAAGAACGGCGUCGUUGAUCCCUCCGUCUCUCUCACUGGAUGUGACCUCUUGGGAUCCGCCGACCUCGCUCUGCCUUUCUCUGCCCGGAUCGGACCCGACCGAAACCCCGAACCAAGUUCCCGGAUCCGGGUCGGGUCAUGGAACUGGUAGCCCAACACACGGUCCGCAAUCUCCCGUCGUCGCACUGCCGCCGCUCGCACCUGCUCCGCCGGUGCAGCAGCAGGAGGUGGGUCCGGUUGUUGAAGGGAACGGGGAGAUGGGUUAUGAGAAGCAGUUCUUCAAUCCGGAGUUUCUGGCGGUGAUGCAGGAGAUGGUGAGGAAGGAAGUGAGGAGUUACAUGUCUGGGGUUGAGCAGAAGGGGAUGUGUUUCCAGGCGGAUGCCAUAAGGAACGCUGUGGUUAAGCGAAUGGGGAUUAGCAGGAUCGAUUGA